AAAGCGUCAAUGAAGGACGAACAGCGUUGAUCAACAGCCUCCAAUCACUUUUUUUUCUUUCUUUGUUUCUUUCACCCUUUCAUCGGUUCUAUCCUCUCUGUCGCUCUCUAAUAGACAUAGAAAAAACAAAAAAGAAAAUGGAAGUCUCAAUCAGCACAUACUUAAUAUAAAAAAAACCCCCGAAAGAAAAUAUUGAAAAUCAAAGUAAAAAAGAAGAAAGAAAUCUGGGUUUUUAAUUUUGUAUACAGAUGGGGACUCUUCAAACAUGGAGAAAAGCAUAUGGUGCUCUUAAAGAUACUACAAAAGUCGGUCUCGCUCAUGUCAACAGUGAUUUCGCGGAUUUGGAUGUAGCCAUUGUUAAAGCUACUAACCAUGUUGAGUGUCCUCCAAAGGAAAGACAUCUUAGAAGUGAAAAUUUUUGUUGCUACAUCAAUGUUUCGGCCUCGAGCAGAUGUUGCUUAUUGUAUUCAUGCACUUUCCCGCCGAUUGGCCAAGACUCGUAACUGGACGGUAGCAUUGAAAACACUCAUAGUUAUCCAUAGAGCAUUGAGGGAAGGUGAUCCUACUUUCAGAGAAGAACUUUUAAAUUUCUCACAAAGAGCAGGCAUUCUCCAAAUUUCUAAUUUCAAGGACGAUUCGAGCCCUAUUGCAUGGGAUUGCUCUGCGUGGGUACGUACCUACGCAUUGUUUUUGGAAGAAAGACUCGAGUGCUAUAGUAUUCUGAAGUAUGACAUAGAAGCCGAGCGUCUCCCGAGACCUGUCCUGGGGCAGGAUAAGGAUUACAGCAGAACCACAGAGUUGGACAACGAAGAAUUGUUGGAGCAACUACCUGCUCUGCAGCAAUUGCUUUAUCGUCUCAUUGGUUGCUUGCCAGAAGGUGCUGCUGUAGCGAAUUAUGUCAUACAAUAUGCUUUGGCUCUGGUAUUAAAGGAGAGUUUCAAAAUAUAUUGUGCUAUCAAUGGUGGAAUCAUCAAUCUUGUGGACAAGUUUUUUGAAAUGCCGAGACAUGAAGCUGUCAAAGCUCUUGAUAUAUACAGGCGAGCCAGUCAGCAGGCAAACAGCCUCUCCGAUUUCUAUGAAGUUUGCAAAGGAUUAGAACUUGCUAGGAAUUUCCAGUUUCCUGUUCUCAGAGAGCCACCACAAUCUUUUCUCGCUACCAUGGAAGAAUACAUUAGAGAGGCACCGCGUGUGGUUACUGUUCCAAUGGAAUCGUUGCAGCUUCUAUUGACAUACAGACCUGACGAAGGUCCUUCCGAAUAUACUAGACCAUCCAAUGAUGAACCCGAGCCAACCGUGCCUGUAGAUGGUGUUGUAGUUUCCACUGUCGAGACUGCCCCUCCUCCAACUCAGACCAACAUCGCCACCGGGGACUUACUGGGAUUGAGUUAUUCGGCCCCUGAUGCCUUCGCGAUCAAGCAAAUUAAUACUUUGGCUCUAGCCAUAGUUCCGAUUGAUUCCGGUACUGCUCCAACGUAUAGUUCCGGUGCUGGUCAACCAAAAGAUUUUGAUCCUACCGGAUGGGAACUCGCCCUUGUUACCACACCGAGCACCGAUAUUUCUGCAGCUGCCGAGAGGCAAUUGGCUGGUGGAUUGGACUCACUCACUUUCAACAGUUUAUACGAUGAAGCAGCCAAUCGAGCUUCUCAGCAGCCUGUAUAUGGUAGCACCACAGCUCCAAAUCCCUUCGAGGUACACGAUCCAUUCGCCAUGUCGAAUAGCAUUGCUCCCCCUAUAGCAGUGCAAAUGUCAGGAAUGGCUCAACCGCAAAACAAUCCUUUCGAUGCUUACCAACCUUAUCAGCAACAACAUUUGACGAUCCCGAGCGCAUCGAAUCCGUUUGGUGAUGCAGGGUUCGGGACGUUUCCAGUGAACCAAACAGCCGUUAUCGCUCAGCCUCAUGCCAAUAACAAUCCCUUCGGAAGCACAGGCUUAUUGUAGUGUUAAAUUUCAAGAGUCAAUUCGUGUAUUUCGGUCAAUACGGUCUGACCGGUUUCCGAUAUGUUUCGGAGUUGAACAAGUGUGUAGGUUGUUUUUACUUUCACCACCACAGGUUUAAUUUCUUCACUUCAGCAUCAGUUUUUACAGGUGUUUGGGUUGUAAAAAAUCAAUGAGUUAAUUGUUAAAAGGUCUAAUAUUGCAAUUAAUUUAUAUUGAAAAGGUCCGGCUUCAUAAAA